GAACAUAUUGGUUUUGGUGGAUGUCGUAGUGUGAACGAUUUUGAGAAAUUAAAUCGGAUUGGAGAGGGCACUUAUGGGAUUGUAUAUCGUGCAAGAGACACAAAAAACGAUCAGAUUGUUGCCUUAAAAAAGAUUCGCAUGAAUGUUCGAAGCGAAGGAGAAGGCAUUUCAACAUCGGCAUUACGUGAGAUGCAUUUACUGAUGAGAUUACGCCACAAUAAUAUUGUGCAUCUGAAGGAAGUAGCUGUUGUGUUUCAUGAUCUCGCUUCACUUCUUGAUACCAUGGCGGUACCGUUCACUGAACCUCAGCUCAAGUGCAUCUUCAUACAGCUACUUCAAGCGCUCUUAUACCUACAUAAUGCAAAUAUUGUACACAGAGAUUUAAAGGUUUCAAAUUUACUUCUUACCGAUGAUGGUUGUGUGAAAGUGGCUGAUUUUGGUUUAGCACGUAUGUAUGGCGAUCCAACUGAAGAAAUGACACCCAAAGUUGUAACGUUAUGGUACCGAAGUCCAGAACUAUUGCUCGGCUCGAAACAUCAAGGGCCAUAUGUAGACAUAUGGGCGUGUGGUUGCAUUCUUGGUGAACUUCUCUUGCACAGGCCAUUACUUCCUGGAAAAACUGAAUUAGAGCAGAUAAAUCUUAUAAUCGAAAUGUUAGGCACGCCGACGGAGAAAAUAUGGAAGGGAAUCAACGAGUUACCAGCACUUCGUGAUUUUAAUUUGCGGGUACAGCCGUAUAAUAAAUUGAAAGGUUUAUUCGAACGUUAUUCAUCGAGUUGUGUUCAGUUACUGAAUGCACUUUUCACUUACGAUCCACAUUUGCGUAUCUCCGCGCUGGCUGCGCUCAAUUCUAGGUAUCUUCAUGAAGCACCGUUACCAUGCGAUCCAUCAAUGAUGCCAUCGUUUCCACAGCAUCGCAAUCGUAAACGUAAACGUAUUGUUGAAUGA